AUGUCUUAUACUUUGCAACUCUCGGUUCCGAACUUGGGGUUUGAAUCGUCUCGAAAAGUUCGACGACAGAGAUUCAAGCGCAUCCAAAUUCUAUGUACCUCUUCUGAUUCAGCUCGACAUUCCAAUUCUGAUGGAAGAGAAGCUGAAGAAGAUUCCGAACAUAGGAGGGAAGAAGGCCAACCGCGUGAGAUUUUAGUGGAAAGAUAUGGAAAUGGCACUUCCAAGAGGUAUGUAUUAGAUGAGGACUUGCUAUUAAGGACAUUUCUUGAGAAGCGUGACUCCAAAGAUAAUGGGUUCCAAGGUUCACAUAUAUCCCCUCUGGAAUUAUCCUGGCUUCCCGACGCUAUCAAAGAUUUUGUAUUACCUGCAGGCUACCCAGGAUCAGUUUCAGAUGAUUACCUGGAAUACAUGUUGUUACAGUUCCCUACCAAUGUUACUGGAUGGAUCUGUCACGCAUUAGUCACUUCAAGUCUCUUAAAGGCAUGUCAAUCUAACUCAGGCUGUUAAUUCCGUUUGGGCUGUUGGCGUGGGCUCUUUCUCGGGAACUACUGCUGCUGCUUCUGCUGCUGCUAUUAGGUGGGCGGUUUGGCAAUCUUUUUGACGAUGAUCCAAAGCAGUGGCGCAUGUAUGCAGACUUCAUUGGCAGUGCAGGAAGGUAUCUGAUACAUGUUUUUUCUGUUGUGUUUUUUGUUUUUGGGAAUAACUGAAUGAGUACUUUUAUGAAUUGAUACUAAUUGAAUGACUGAAUCCAUUGAUUUGUUAAUAUUUUGGGCAGCAUUUUUGAUUUAAGUACUCCAUUAUAUCCUGUUUAUUUCCUGCUACUGGCUUCUCUUGGAAACCUUGCACAGGCUGUGGCAAGGGGACUAAAAGAUCCUUCAUUUCGAGUGAUACAAAACCAUUUUGCAGUCUCAGGAAAUCUGGGAGAGGUAUCAGCAAAGGAGGAAGUUUGGGAAGUAGCUGCUCAGUUGCUUGGCCUUUCUCUUGGAGUACUCCUCCUGCAUAUCCCGUGUUGGCAUUGACAUGGAUGAGCAUACGGCUUUUGCACCUUUGGUUCCGAUAUCAGUCUCUUUCAGUUCUGCAAUUU